AUGAUGCGCCCACGCCCCUCAGUCUGUAAAUGCUGCCUGGGCCGCAAUAGGCUCUUCUCUACGACAGCGCAGCGUGCUGAACAAAGCCAAAAUGUUCCCUUUCCACCGAGCGCAGGGUAUAGCCGACUCACGAACCGCGGAUUGAUUUCCAUCACCGGUACUGACAGCACAACCUUCCUCCAGGGUCUAAUGACCCAGAACAUGCUAGUAGCCAAUGACCCGAAAAAAAGCAUCCGGCGCACAGGAGCAUACACCGCAUUCCUCAACUCGCAGGGCCGCGUCCUCAACGAUGCCUUCAUUUACCCACUCCCCGGCGCAGAGGCUCAAGGCACCGAAUCCGGCUGGCUGGUGGAAGUAGACAAGGCCCAAGUGCCCGUCUUGCUGAAGCAUCUCAAGAAACACAAAUUGCGCGCGAAGCUCAAGCUGCGCGCUCUCGAGGAAGGCGAGCGCACAAUUUGGUCUUCCUGGAAGAACCACGCAGAGCCGCAACGGUGGGCUGCGUACAGUCUGGAAUCUGAAUCCCCAUCGCCCUUCUCCCCCACUUCGGAAAUCGCCGGUUGCAUUGAUACCCGUGCUCCGGGUUUCGGAUCCCGCAUUAUCACACCCGGCUCCGACGGUCUGCGAGCCCAUCUCCCCGAUGAAGCACAGGUGCCCGGGCUCGAGGUCCAGCUGGACUCGUACACCGUGCGUCGCAUUCUGCACGGUGUUGCCGAGGGCCAGGCGGAGGUUAUCAGUGGAUCGGCUCUGCCAUUGCAGUGCAAUAUGGACAUGGCUCGCGGUAUUGAUUUCCGUAAGGGAUGUUAUGUCGGGCAGGAGUUGACGAUCCGUACGCACCACCGUGGCGUUACGCGGAAACGUCUUCUGCCCGUUCAGCUAUAUGAUUUGAGUCAGGAGCAAAAUGCGCCGGAAACCCUGACAUAUGAUCCAUCUGUGCAGUUUGCUUUGCCCGCCGGUGAAUCGGAUAUCGUUAAGGCUGGAGCUGCUACGCGCCGAAACCGCAGUGCAGGAACAUUUCUUAAUGGCAUUGGCAAUAUUGGUCUUGCGUUGUGCCGACUCGAGGUUAUGACUGAUGUUGCGCUCAUGGGCGAGGCCCCUGCUAGUCCUUAUGAGCACCACUUCAAGUUGUCCUGGGGGGCUGAUGUUGAGCAGCCUGCUGAGGUCGGCGUACGUGCUUUUGUGCCACCUUGGCUUCGGGAUUUCAUUUCUGGUGACAAGGAGGCGAAACCCGUUUCACGUAACCUUCAAGCAGAGGGUGAGAGAGCACGGGAAUUCGUCGAGGAAUUAGAGGAAGAGGAAGCCGAAGCACACCGAAACUAA